AUGCACUACGGAAAGGAAGACUUCACCAAUGGCAACGGAUCCAUCGUCAUCACUAAGCAAGCAGAAUCAUCUGCGGUCACAUUCCUAGAGAAAUGCAGCUUUGAGGACAACCAGGAGUGUGGUAUGACUCUCUGUGCCAGUAUCAGUGCCAGCUGGGAGAGAGUGGGCAGUGUCCAACAGGGGCCAACCUCAGACCACACCAAGCUGGGUCCUUUAAGGGACUUAGACUUACGCGAGGGUGAUAUAAUCGAGGUCAGUACACCCUACACAAGGAAUAUCGUUUUGAACAAGGACGAACUAUGGGACCUUCCCGUCCCCUAUGUGCUAGACAAAACCCUUGCUUUGAAUGCAAAAGGGAUCAUUCUGCAGGCCUUUGAGCAGUUCAGACUAAAAUCAUGCGUCAACUUCAAACCCAGAGGCUCUGAGUAUCACUUCAUUUCAGCCCAGAGGAACAGAGGGUGUUCCUCCCACGUAGGGAGAUCUUCCAAGUAUGGACAGCCUCUUUCCAUUGGAAAUUACUGUGAUCAUAUUGGCAUUGUGGAGCAUGAGUUUCUACACGCUCUGGGAAUCUGGCAUGAACAGUCCAGAUAUGACAGGGAUGAAUAUGUGACCAUUGUUUGGAAAAACAUAAGACGCGGUCAUGAGAGGAACUUUUUGAAAGUCUCUCCCCAUUAUACGACCACCCUGGGUUUCCCAUAUGACUACAGCUCGGUGCUGCAUUACAGUGAGACAUCCUUCAGCAAGGGAGAGGGACCUACCAUCAUCACUAAGCAACCUGAGUACCAAAAGAUUAUUGGACAACGCCUUGAAAUGAGCCCACAAGAUGCCUUAAUGCUGAACAAGCUAUACGGCUGCAAAAAAUCUAUUUCAUUUAUGGAACAUUGCAACUUCGACAACCAGAGAUUGUGUGGGAUGAGUCGCUGCACCAAGAGUUGGGUAGGUGGCUGGAAAAGAAUGAAGACUGUCAUUGGGGGGCCCUAUUCUGAUUUCACCAACCUGGGGAAGACAGACGGUACUGGUUUCUUCAUGCAUGCCAGCACAAUGUCAGGCCAGGAGGGGGACAAAGCCCGGCUGGAGAGCAGGGAGAUGACUCCCAGUAGGAAGUGCAGUGUCCAGUGUCUGCAGUUCUACUACUACCACAGUGGUAACGAGUCAGACCAGCUCAACAUCUGGAUGAGAGUGUAUCGUGAUGAGAGAAACCCUAACGGAACUCUACGCCACAUGGGCCAGAUCACAGGUUCCCCAGGAUCUCACUGGAUGCCCUACCACGUGCCCCUGAACGCCACCAAAACGUUCCAGGUGGAGUUUGAGGUGCGUAAAGGAACAGGACAGUCUACAGGUGGGUUUUCCAUCGAUGACAUAAACCUGUCAGAAACCGAAUGCCCCCAUCACACCUGGCAGAUUAAAGACUUUGAGAAUCUUUUAACCACCAGUGACAUUAACACUGUUGUGUACAGCCCCAGAUACUAUUCCCCAGAGGGCUAUGCCUACCAGAUUGCCAUUUAUCUUCGUGAAAUGUUGUUUGGAGUCUAUGUGCGCUUAGUCUCAGGAAAGUAUGAUGACCAACUCCAGUGGCCUUGCCACCAUCGACAAGUGACGAUUCAACUGCUGGACCAGAAUCCCCACACUCAGCAACGCAUGUCCAAGCAAAUCAGCAUUACCACUGAACCCUCACUUCAGGACGACUAUGAUUCCUGGAACAAUCCCCGUAAAGUUGGAAUGCUCGAAAACAGGGGUGAUGAGUCCUUCUAUGUAAACCCUGCAGUUGGCUACUUAAAAUUCCUAACCUUGACGCAACUGAAGCACAGAGAAUUCCUCAAGGGAGGCAACAUUUUCUUCCUCAUCACCAUGCAAGAUACUGUCAAGCUCUGUCAGGUUGGAUGGGGAGUGUCGCUGAACAGCUAUUUUCAGACCUCUCCAGAGAUGUACGAUCAGGUUCAAGCUAAUGAGGAUCCAAAUAAACAAAUGAACUACCACUCUCCCUCCGACAACGACAACACCUCUCUCCCUCCGCCAACAACGAUUGAGAACACCGCCAACAACAAUUGA